AUGUUCCGUCCGCUGCGACAGGUGUUGGAGCUGAGAAGGUUUGUCAAUGUUAACAAACAACUACAUCAAGUUGCUCGCCGGGUAACUACAGCUGGUUAUGAUGAGCAAGUGUCAGGUGUUCGCCUGGUAACUUCGAGUAAUCCCAAGUUUGCUUCGUUGGAGUUGGAAAUGGGUAGGGUAACAUUUUUGCUAAUUUAUAGUGUAGAUUUAUAAUUUUUAAAAUUUUUUUUAAAAAUAGUUUUACAUUUGUAAAAAAUGGCAUUUAGCAUGAAAAAAUAUCAUUUCCAAGGACUUUUUCACAAAAAAUUGAUUAAAAAAGCAGAUUUUAGGUAAUAAAGUUAAUAUUUUUUCUAUUUUAUUAUUUUUUAUAUUCAGAAGACGCCGAAUCUCUUCGAAUUCCAUUGGUCUGGCUUCGUGAUCAUUGUAGAAGUGAGCGAUUCUAUGAUUUCAAGACCACUCAACGCAAGUCAAACAUGAAAUCCUUGUUUUCUCAAGCAGCGUUGAGCACGGAUAAGUAUGUUUUUUGAAGUUAUUACUUUGAUUUAAUAUAUGUUUUAUGAAGACUAUUUUUUACUGCGUAUUUACUAUCUAAAGGCCCAAAAAUAUCAUGUUUUUAUGCUUUUAGGCUGAUUUUCGAUGUUUUUAGGUAAUAAACCACUUUUUAAACAAUUAAUAAAGCAUGGUGUGGUCAAAAGGUUAUUAGAAUAUCUUGAAAAAUGGUAUUGAAAGUUCAUAAAAGUUGAGUUAAAGCCCGUUUUGUUCCGUUUAUCAACAAAUAUCUUAAGUAUAAGGUUGUAUAAAAAAUGAUGAGCUAUGUCGCUCAUAAAGAUACGCGGUUCAGUAUCUCAUUGAUUUUGAUACAACUUAAUAUAGCAUGAAAAACCUUUAAAAAUAAUUUGAAAAUUCUUCCAGAACACCAUUUGAAUUCGACAAGAAGCACCAAACCCUAAUAGUACGAUGGAGCGAUGGCCAUGAGAGUAUCUUCAGCUCACAAGAACUACUCGAUUGGGCAGUCUUCACUCGCAAAGAUUAUGACGAAUGUGCGUCGAGAACGGUCUGGAACGGCUCAACGUUGAAGGAGAUCCCAUGUGUUUCUAGGUAAAAUAUGGUUUUUAAUCUUUUUACUGUGAUAUCUUUUUAAAAAGUGAAAAUAAAAAUAGAUUACUGUAACCUUUUAAAAAUUUCAGUCAAAAUUUUGAUUUUUCUGUGUUCGCCCGACUGUUCGUCAGAUUUGGUGUGGCAGCUGUGGUCGGGGUGGAGGCUCGGAAUGAAAGAGCGACAAAGAAGCUGGUCGAGUCGAUAGCUCCAUAUCACGCCACAUUCUUCGGCAACUUUUGGGUUUUUGGCACAAAUGAUCAGGUAAGUAAUUUUUUUACUUUGUAAAAUACGUUUUGGCAAAGUUCUAUCUUGGAAAGAAAGUUCUUGUCAUUUUAACGCUUGUAAAGAAAUUUUUUGUAAUUUUUAGUAGUGUAAAGAAAGUUAUUGCCAUUUUAGAUUUUAAAAAAUACGAAAAUUUAAAAAAACGUAGUUCUACAAACUUUUUGACCACAUUUUUCAUUUUCAGUUAGACGCUUACGAUAAACACGAAGACACAGCCUACGGUAACGAAGAGAUUGGUCCUCACAACGACGGCACUUACCUCGAGCAAACCCCCGGCAUCCAGGUGUUACACUGUCUGCGACAAGCCAAAGAAGGCGGGGAGAACAUCUUUGUAGACGGAUUCGCUGCGGCCGAACAAUUGCGAAAAGAACGACCUGACCUGUUCGACGUCUUAGCGACAACUCCAGUCGAACAUCACUACCUAGAAGGCUUCGACGAGCCUGUGGUCGAGGACGACUUCUUCGACGAACACCCGAGCACGAUGAAGAACGACAAGAAGCAGAAGUUGCACGCCCGGAGUGUGAGCAAGCCCAUCAUCCAGUGCUUUAAACACAAGGUUGAGCAAGUCCGCUUCAAUCCCUACGAUCGUGCACCGCUACGCACGCUACGAGUCGUGGAGCUGGAUGCUAGUGCGGCAGAACGGAACGUUGAGUUGACUGUGCUUUGGUACGAGGCUUAUGAGAAGUUGUCGCAGAUCAUUCACUAUGAGAACAACAAGUUAAAGGUCAAGUUACAGCCAGGCACGGUGGUCUUCUUCGAUAAUACGAGGAUUCUGCAUGCGAGGAGCGGGUUUGAGGUAGGUUUUUAGGUAAUAAAGGGGCUUUAGAGUACUGUAUUUUAAGUAACGUUGCUUUACUAAGGCUACACAAUAGAUUUUUUUUAGUUUUAAAGGAAAUUAUAGCCGUUUUCAUCAUGAAUAAUAUAAAUUUAAAAACCGUAUUUUAGGGCCAUCGCAAGAUGUGUGGCUGUUAUUUGAGCCGCGACGGUUUCCUAGCCAAAGCGCGGCCGUUGUUGACAUCAGAUUACUAUAAACAUAUAUGA